GGCCGGCGACUGCAGCUUCCCCUGCUGUGCCUCUUCCUCCAGGGCGCCACUGCCGUCCUCUUUGCUGUCUUUGUCCGCGACAACCACAAAACCGACGCUGCCCUCUGGCACCGGGGCAACAACAGUAACGCGGACAAUGAAUUUUACUUUCGCUACCCAAGUGAGUGCGGGACGGAGUCUCACUCUGUUGCCCAGGCUGAAGUGCAAUGGCGCAAUCUUGGCUCACUGCAACCUUCACUUCCCAGGCUUCCAGGACGUGCAUGCCAUGGUCUUCGUGGGCUUUGGCUUCCUCAUGGUCUUCCUGCAGCGUUACGGCUUCAGCAGCGUGGGCUUCACCUUCUUCCUGGCCACCUUUGCCCUGCAGUGGUCCACACUGGUCCAGGACUUUCUACACUCCUUCCACGGUGGCCACAUCCAUGUUGGCGUGGAGAGCAUGAUCAACGCUGACUUUUGUGCGGGGGCCGUGCUCAUCUCCUUUGGUGCCGUCCUGGGCAAGACCGGGCCUGCACAGCUGCUGCUCAUGGCCCUGCUGGAGGGGGUGCUGUUUGGCAUCAAUGAGUUUGUGCUCCUUCAUCUCCUGGGGGUGAGAGAUGCCAGAGGCUCCAUGACUAUCCACACCUUUGGUGCCUACUUCGGGCUCGUCCUUUCAUGGGUUCUGUACAGGCCCCAGCUGGAGAAAAGCAAGCACCGCCAGGGCUCCGUCUACCAUUCAGACCUCUUCGCCAUGAUUGGGACCAUCUUCCUGUGGAUUUUCUGGCCUAGCUUCAAUGCUGCACUCACAGCACUGGAGGCUGGGCAGCAUCGGACGGCCCUCAACACAUACUACUCCCUGGCUGCCAGCACCCUCGGCACUUUUGCCUUGUCAGCCCUUGUAGGGGAAGAUGUGAGGCUUGACAUGGUCCACAUCCAAAAUGCAGCGCUGGCCGGAGGAGUUGUGGUGGGGACCUCAAGUGAAAUGAUGCUGACACCCUUUGGGGCUCUGGCAGCUGGCUUCUUGGCUGGGACUGUCUCCACGCUGGGGUACAAGUUCUUCACGCCCGUCCUUGAAUCGAAAUUCAAAGUCCAAGAGACAUGUGGAGUCCACAACCUCCAUGGGAUGCCGGGGGUCCUGGGGGCCCUCCUGGGGGUCCUUGUGGCUGGGCUUGCCACCCAUGAAGCUUAUGGAGAUGGCCUGGAGAGUGUGUUUCCACUCAUAGCCGAGGGCCAGCACAGUGCCACAUCACAGGCCAUGCACCAGCUCUUUGGGCUGUUUGUUACACUGAUGUUUGCCUCUGUGGGUGGGGGCCUCGGAGGGCUCCUGCUGAAGCUACCCUUUCUGGACUGCCCCCCAGACUCCCAGUGCUAUGAGGACCAAGUUCACUGGCAGGUGCCUGGUGAGCAUGAGGAUAAAGCCCAGAGAUCUCUGAGAGUGGAGGAGGCAGACACUCAGGCCUAACCCACUGCCGGCCCCUGAGAGGACACACUCCGUUUUGAAGAUGCUGACUGGCUGCUACUAGGAAGUUCUUUUUGAGCUCCCAUUUCUCCAGCUGCAAGAAGGGAGCCAUGAGCCAGAAGGAGGCCCCUUUCCACAGGCAGCGUCUCCACAGGGAGAGGGGCAGCAGGAAGCUGGGAGAUGGUGGGGAGUGGGGCCAUAACUGGGUACGGUAGGGGGAACCUCACCAGAUGCCUGACCUGACUGCCCUACCAGCCUGCACAUGGGCAGAAGAGGCCAAAUUGAGGCACCCAAGUGAUCCACUGGCCCCACGUCACACAGUUACAGUGAAGCCCAAGCCAGGCCUGGUUGAGGGUGAUAAACACCACCGUCUCUAAA